CGAGGAAGACCAAGAAAUUUCGGCUGAUAACUAAGAAGUUGUUUGCCUCCCAAAUCAUAACACCUCGAAGAGACAGAAGUGAAUACAGACGCAAAAUGUCCUUGAUGGAGCGCGGGGGAGUCCGCCCAAUUACAUCAGUGGCGUGGACCUCCAACACCAGCACCUGCCCCAAAGACUUCACCAUGAUCAGCAUCACAGAGGACGGAGCAGCAGCGAACUUCACACGCAGCUUUGCGAUAAAGUCCGGAUAUUACCUCUGUUACAGCAAGGACCUGACAGGUGGUAUGGUAGUGUCAGACAUUCAGCUUAUUUCUGACAAGGACUCUAUUCCUCACGGUUACUGCUACAUAGCGGAGCACCUCGAACCCAAGGCCUCCGUUUCGAAGAAGAAACGUGUGUGUGUGCGCGUCGUCCCAGUCGGCAGUGUGGACACAGCUGUGUUGGAUAUCAAACUGACAGCCAAAAGCAAAAUGAUGUUGCAGCAUUACACAUACGUGGGAGACAUCCAUGGCUACGUGUUGUGGUGCAGGAAGGGAUAUUUUUCCAGCCCCGUACCUCAAACCAAACCCCGCAGUGUGAGCUUGGACCUCCGCAGUCUCUCACUGGAGCAACCAUCACCCCUGCCCCUCAGACCCAGCAACCCUCCUCCUCCACUGCCGCAUGGUAAACUGAGUCAGAGACGCUACAGCCUCAGUUCAAAGGACAACUUGGACAAACCUGUCGACAGCAGUGUCCAGGGAAUCACAGCUCUAGAUGGAGUUCCCUUUUGUCUGCACCCAAAAUACGACGUCCAGGCAAACGGGACGACUCCUCACUUGAACUCCCAGUUAAACAACAUCCGUAUAAAGUCUCUCCAAGACAUCGAAAACGAGUAUAACUACACUUUUACCGUGGAGGAAUCUGCUGCCAAGAGGACCAGACCAUCACUGCCAACAGGAGGCGCCUCCUCAGCUCAGUGAUCUUUGCACUUGGUCAAAGCAAUAAUUAUUUUUGCUCUGUCCACAGGGUUUUUUUUUUUUUUUUUUUUUUAAGGAUGACAUCUCAUAUCAUGGUUCAGAUGAAGGAUGAUCAUGCCUACAUUUAGGUUUAUAAGAUGAAGCUUUAAAGGGCUUUGGGUGUAAAGAAUUUAUCAUAGCGUGGAGUCAAUUGAAAGGUCAUCUUAAGGGCACUUCCAUUCUUCAUGAGACAGACAAUCAUUUAGAUGGUUUGGCUGUUUGGAUGCCGUGCCAUGUUUGUCCCUUAAAUUCCUUUUUAUUUUUACCCAGAAUCUUCACACAUCCCAAGUUUCCAUUUGCCAAAGGAAAGACCUGUUUGAAUGCGAUCAUACGUGUAAUUAUAUUGUCUUAUAUUGUCUUCAGACUGUUCACCUUUUGUAGGAAUGCAGCCUUUAAACAUGUUACAGGGUUAAAGAUGUAAAGGACCUAUGAAACUGUCGAGUGGCCGCUGUGUGGGGCUUCUCAUCUGGAGCACUGUCAUCAUCACCAUCACCAUCAUCUUUGUUUUCAAAAUUCAGAAUAACUGCUAAAAAUGAAGAUGCACUUGCCGUUCAUUUAAGACGUGUUCUACUCGCUCUGUUGUAUGUUACCUGAUAUUCUGAUAUCCACCUUUCACUGUUUCAGUUAUUAACAAUUUCUCAAGUGGAGCUGUAAUAUUCUAUCAGGGCUGAUCUUUGUGGAAUAACUUUGCAGAUGAUGUUUAGCUCAGUAGAUACACACAUGUAUCUAAAUGUAGGAUAUAGUGAAUUUCUUGUAUGAUGAGUAGCCUAUUAUUAGGUUUGUAGUAUUCCAAAAAAAUAAUUAAUAUAUCCUAUUUUAAGGUGAAAGAAGGAAGGUUAUAUAUUUUGCUCUUUGUGUUAGUCAUACUAAAACCAGAUAUGUUGGGAAAAAGGGGGGAGAGAAUCUGUUUUUUUUUAACUGUUUGGUGGAGUAAGCGCCAAAUAUUUAUCUGCCUCAUUGUACAAUAUAUAAUAUGAUUUUUUUUGUUGUUUAUGUGACUGUGUAGCAGACUUUUAUUGCAUGGGAAAAAAUAAAAACCUAAAAAACAA